CGCGCGACCCUGCCCGUGAGCAAUCACCCAACUCAUCUCUGUCUCUGCUCAUAUCUGUUACUAUUUUCUGCCUAUAGCUUUUCCAAUAAUCUAUCGAGUUCCGUAUCUCUGCCACUGUAUUUUCUAUGAUAACUAAAGCGAUCGCAAGUGCUGUCAGCUGGCGAUGUGACUCGUUUGCCGAGUUUGUUUCGGAAUAUGGUAUUGAGUGAUCAACUUGAAAGAUUAUAAAAUAGUAAAAUAAGUUUCAAACGAACCGAUCAGCUGUCUUGAGCGUCAAAGUAUUAUUGUCGUCGAACAAAGAAAAUGUACGAGGUGCUUCAGAGGGAUCCGCAGGCAAGGGUUCGUCCGAAGCGUAAACAAUACUGAUUCCUUUAACCAGUCACUUUUCCUUUUAUUAGUUGCAUCUAAGGAGUUCAUUCUCUGUUAAAAAAAAAACGAGAAUAGGCUUAAAAAGUUGGGAUAACAAGAUUUUAACUGUUGCGGGUUAAAAAUGGCUGUAAUAAGUAGAUGAUUAUCAAGAAUCUAUUACGAUCUGAUAGAAAAAAUGGCAUCUUCAGAAAUAGACGAACUCUUAGCUGGUUCCUUAGUAACUUGGUUUACAAGUUGUCUGGAGGACCCAGAUUCGUUAACUAAUUACGAGGAUUUGGUGGAUGGAACAUUGUUACAUAGUGUCUUUCUACAAAUUGAUCCAGAACCGCUUCAUGAUAGUGUAAUACCUAGCAAUGGAAAUCCAGUAAUUAGAGCAAAGAAUCUAGAGAUAGUCGUUGGGAAUAUGAAACAGUUUUAUGAAGAAGAAUUGGGGCACUUAGUGCUGAAAUUGCCAGACACUAAAAAAUUAGGCAAAGAGCCGGAAUUGUACAUCGCAGAAAUAAAACUAUUGCUCCUCCUGCUCUUGGGUUGUGCAGUGCAAUGUCCCAAUAAAGAGAAAUUUAUCACGAAUAUUAAAAAAUUGAAUGUUGACACACAGCUUGCAAUUGUAGAUUGUAUUAAGCAGGUCACUGAUCAUCAAGAUAUCGUAAUAACUCAAGAUUCUAUGGAGAAUGUGAAUAUGGGUAUUGUAUUUACGCAAAUGAAGAAGUUAAUGCAGGAAAGAGAUUUGUACUGUGAGAAAUGGAAAAAUGCAGUCAUCAUUGGCAAUGUUGAAAGAAAUGAUUCUUCAAUUAGCGUGGAAGUAGAAGAAAUAAGUAAAGUUCAGCAAACUAAUUCAAUUACUAAAUCAGAAAGAGAAAACAGUCACCAUUAUGCUGUGGAGUUAGCGGAUUGGAAAUCAAAAGUUAGAAAACAGCGACAAGAAUUGGAAGAGAAGACGGAAUCACUGCUUGAAUGUAAAGAGGAGUUGGAACAUAAUAAAACGCUUUUAGUAAAGUUGAAACAAGAGAAUCAAGAACUUAUGCAUGAAGCUCGUACAGCAAAAUCAUAUAGAGAUGAACUGGAUGCUGUCAUCGAGAGAGCAGAACGUGCUGACCGUUUAGAAAUGGAAGUUUCGCGAUACAGAGAGAAACUUACAGAUAUUGAAUUUUACAAAACAAGAAUUGAAGAAUUACGAGAAGAUAACAGAGUGUUAAUGGAAACCAGGGAAAUGUUGGAAGAGCAAUUAAGUUCUUUGAGACGACGCGCCGACAAGGUUUUAGAACUUGAGGCUGAAAUUAUAAAGUAUAAGCAACUUCUAAACGACAUGGCAUUGGAAAGGGCAGCAGAUAAAGAAAAAUAUCAGGAAUUAUUUGAAGAAAAUUCUCAGUUACAUCGAUUAACAAAAGCUGCAGCAAGUGAAGCUGCUCUGUCCGGCUCCGUUAGUGAUCCAGAAGAUUCAGUGGAUACCGACAAUAGGCUAUCUGAACAGUUAACGAACAAUGCUCAAACGCGGGCACUUAAGCUGGAACUGGAAAAUCGACGUUUAAUUACCCUAAUCGACUCCCUCAAGGAAAAUUCUUUCCAUGAAAGUUCUACGCGUGUUCUCGAGUUGGAGAAGGAGAAAAAGAAACUUUCACUCAAAAUUGAUUCGUUAAACGACAACUGCGAGCGACUCUCCCAGCAGAACUCCGACUUGGAAUUGGUUUGCAAGCAGGCUUUGGAAGAAAACAAAAAACUUCAGAAUUCCCUUCAGAGCCAAAAGGCGUCUUUUGAAAAGCAACAGCAAGAAUUUCAGGCUCAGCACAUGAAAAAUGUGGAGAUGGAGAAGAAUUAUGAUACCGCAGUCAAAGAGAAACAGCGCGUUCAGUCUCUCUUAGGAAGUGUCCAGAGACGAGCGGAUGAUCUCGAGCGUUCUCUGGAAACCGCGAAUCAAAAAAUUGAAGAAUUAAAAGCUGUACAGAAUUGCGUUAAUGAUGCAAAUGCAAAGUGUGCUGAUUUAGAAUCAAAACUAAUUAUACUGGAAAAAGAAAAGGAAUCUGCACAGCGUGAUAUACAUAGGUAUCGCGAGACAAUUGAGGAAAAAGACGUUGCUCUGGAUAAAGCAACGAACACAAUUGAACUCCUAGAACGAAGAAUAGCCCAACUCGAACAAGAGGUUGACAAUUCGGUAACACAAAUAACUAGGUUGCAAGAGAUUGAAAGGUCUAGUAAGGAAUUAGAUUCAAGAGCAGCCAUAGACAGGGAAACAUUAGAAACAUUACAGUCAAAUUUGGUGGCCGAAAAAUUAAAUACCCAGCAAUUAUAUACGGUCCUUGAAAAACUUGGGUUAAAUGUCGACGUGUUGCUGUCUCUUCCCCCGGACGACAUCCUAGAAAGGAUCGCAAAAAUCCCAGAGAUAGAAAAUUAUAUUAAAAAGUCGAUAACACCUGAGAGUUGUAACUGUAACCAAGGAGCAUCUGAAUCGGAGAACAUUAUAUCAAAAGAGGAUGCAAUGAGGAAUGAUAGCUUACAAGAGACUGUGGAACUGCUGAAGAAAGAACAAGAGAAUAUGCAAAUCAAACUGACAGCCACUCAGUCAGCCUCAGAGAAUCUUCUAUCCGAAAAUGCGAAGCUUCAGGUUUAUGUAACCACAUUGCAAUCUCAAAGCACUUCCCUAGCUUCUCAACACACUGCUCUUCAACUUGCCAAUUCACAACUCGUCGCGGAAAAGGAAGAGCUUUUAAAGGAGCGCACUGCUCAACAGCGAAUGCAUUCACAGCUCGUACAUGACCAAGUUACAUUGCAAAGGUUACACGAACAGCUUAACAAUGAGUACGAAAAUUUGCUGCAGGAACGAGAACAACUGAAAACGAAUCUCAGAGAUGUGAAGAAUGAGGCUAGAAUAUCGCGCGAGAGUUGCGAGAGACUUGAGAAACAAAACAAAAUUCUACAAUCCGAAAGAGAAACCUUAAUCAAUAAUGCAAAAAGUUUGAAUAAUUUAAGAGGCGAGCAUUCGAAAUUAAAGGAUGAUUUUAGAAAUUUGUACACUGCCAUGGAAAAAUUAAAGUGCGAGUACAAGAACUUGCAAGAGGACUAUAAGAAAAAUAAAAUUGAAGUCAACCGAUUGAGUUUGAAACAAACGGAAAUGCAGGGAGAACUGAGCAGCAAAGAUGAGCGCUGUUCGAACUUGGAGCUUCAAGUCAGUAAACUGAAUCAACGGUGCGAGAUGCUACUGCAAAUGAAUUCUGGCUUGGACAACGAUAGGCGAUCUUUAAUGGAGCAUAUUAGUCUGCUCUUCAGUCAAUAUCACGAGCUCUUAACCCAUUCUCUUGAUGACAAGGAACAUUAUCAUAUGGAAGAGAAAAUGUACACAGAUAAGAUGAAUCAUUUGCAUCGACAGAAAGAAAAAUUGGAGGAAAAAAUCAUGGAGCAUUACAAGAAGCUAGAAAGCUGCUCCACUAAAAAGAAAAGCUUUGGGGCAAGUCUUGUGCGAAGAGUCAGAAAAGCUGGGUCUGGUCUGCUCAAUAAGAAUCGACGUUCCUGGGCUGAGGAUUCUAAACAGUCAGACGGGAAGCCAGACGAAUCCGAAUCAGGUGGAAACGAUUCAGAUGCGAGCAAUGACGAUCACAAUUUGUCAAAAACAGCUGAAAGUACCGACCUUAGAAGUGAAUCUUUAGUUCUGGGUCACCCCGGAACUAGAAGAACCGUUUAUUACACGGACGAUUCGCCGUCCUCCGCUACGACCUUAACACCGGACAAAAGGAUGGGAGAGCCUUCACAGUCGCUUCAAGACGAAGUACGACCUAGCCAAGUGGAGCAAAGUACAAGGCCGGAACCAGUGACCGAAUCGCGACCUUUUUUAAUUUAUAACAAAGUGUCAACGGUCAUAAACGAAUCAAAAAACGUCAACACUUCGAUGAAAGAUCCAGGACCAGACGAGGUUCUCGUGGACACCCCUACUGACAGAGAUCCGAAAACUGGCAGCUCGGUUUGGUACGAGUACGGAUGCGUUUAAGCCGUAUGUACAGACCAAGACAACUGUAUUAUAUAUCAUUUUUUUUUGGCAAAACGUGGAAGGCAAAAUAAUCAUUGUCAUAUUUGCCACUGAUAUGACCAUGGAGACGAUCGAGCCUUUUGCCACGAUUUGACAAGCAUUGCUAUCAGAGAGGGGUUUAUUUAAUUUUUUUCGUCUACCAGAUAGCGAUAACUAGCAUUCGGACCCGUCCAAAUAAUUGACUUGUUUUGCUAACAGGUAGACGUCGUGUGCAUACAGUACUUAACGAAUACGCAAACACGAUAGAAAAGUAUUAUUUAUACUAAAGACUUCCGCGUGUCAUAGUUUGUAAGGUGUCGAUAUUUUUUUUUUUUUAAAGUAGAAUGGACGAACAAAACAUAUAAACGUAUCACUACCCGUCUUCGCGUGCAAAUGUUUAACGAGGGUUGUAGUGCUUCCGUAGUUCCUAAGAAUCGUACGCCGAGUAACCUCGAAUGAUCACGCCAAGUAAUUCGAUGCUUCUCAGAUUCGAGUAGGCGGUCGGAUCGCGAUUCGUGUCCUAGACCUUUUUUUUUUUAAUCAUUUUAUACAAUUUUACAAAGCGAAACACCGCAUUUUACAUGUACAUUUCCGUUGUGUGUAGUCUUAGCCUUGUGCUCGUAUUGAAUUAAUCUU